CUCCUCCACUAGGGACCAAGGAGGGCUUUUCAGCACUUGUUUCAGCAGCGUGCAAUGGACAGCACCACAAAGACGGAUGCUUGACGGAGAGCUGACAGCAUUCUUGGGACUUGCCAGCACCGGAACGACAUCAUUUUGUGGACUAAAUCGUUUGACAUAAACGACCAGAAGACGCUGAAAAGCGGAAAGGCUUCUUAUUUACUGCUUUAACACACAACAGACACAAUGGAAGAAGACAUGGACGAGGGGCAGACCCAGAAGGGGUGCAUGGAGUGUUGCAUUAAAUGCCUGGGCGGAAUCCCCUACCCGUCACUCAUUGCCACCAUUUUGCUGUACGCCGGUGUGGCUCUGUUCUGCGGUUGUGGACAUGAGGCUCUUUCGGGAACCGUCACCAUCCUGCAGAACUACUUUGAGGUGGUACGCAGUCCCGUGGACGCGUUGGAUGUCUUCACCAUGAUUGACAUCAUCAAGUACGUGAUAUAUGGAGUGGCCUCUGCCUUUUUCGUCUAUGGCAUCUUGCUGAUGGUUGAGGGCUUCUUCACCAGCGGAGCUAUCAAAGACCUCUACGGAGACUUCAAGAUAACCACCUGUGGGCGCUGCGUUAGCGCUUGGUUCAUCAUGCUGACUUACAUCUUCAUGCUGGCCUGGCUGGGUGUGACGGCAUUUACCUCUAUACCCGUUUUUAUCUACUUCAACAUCUGGACCAUCUGUCAAAACGCCACCGUGCUGGAGGGCACCUCGCUCUGCUUGGACCCACGCCAAUACGGUAUUGUGGCAACCAAUGAAGCAAAGACAGUGUGUGCCGGAUCUGAGAAGUUCUACAAGAUGUGCGAAUCCACUGAGCUGGACAUGACGUUCCACCUGUUCAUCUGUGCCCUCGCUGGAGCAGGAGCAGCCGUCAUUGCUAUGAUCCACUACUUGAUGGUGCUGUCGGCCAACUGGGCCUACGUGAAGGAUGCGUGCCGGAUGCAGAAGUAUGAGGACAUCAAAUCCAAGGAGGAGCAGGAGCUUCAUGACAUCCACUCCACUCGCUCCAAGGAACGACUCAACGCUUAUACAUAAAUAGCAAAGUGGAGGAGGGGGCAGUUCCUCACCACUGCUGAUAUCACUGGUGCGUCACAUAACAAUGUGGUUUGGGCAGGGUACCGCCCCAGCCGCAAACAGCAUUUCAGACAACAAAUGAAGCCCCUAUACCUCUCUCGUGGAAGGUGUUUAUCAUUAUGGCAGUUGUUGAAAUAUGAGAGCAAUCGUUUGGUGCCGAGUAGUAAUUGUAGUGUAGUUUGUAGAAUCAUGAGUAGCAGUAGUACUUUAUUUUUUACGCUUUUGCUUAUGAAAAAAUGAUUUUGCCAAUGCUCAAUUCUUAACUCUUAACCCUCCUGUUAUAUUUAUGGGUCAAUGUGACACAUUUUUUUAACUCUUGCAGGGCACUCAUUUAACUCGUUGUCUGCCAUUGACUGUGCUACAGAGCAAUUUAGAAUUGGGGGGGGGGCGAAUUCACAGCCCGUCGCCUUGGUGUAAAUGAAUUGGACGCCUAUUGUUGUCAAUGGCCUGCUAUGAGUUGAAUACUAUGGAGGAAAAAAAUAAAAAUAAAUCAACUUGAGAGCCUUACUUAGGGCCGUAAACAGUGUGUAUUUAUUUAUUUGAAUUUAAUUUAGUUUUUAAUUAACAUUUUAUUAAUUAUACAUGUAUUUUUAAUAUCAAAGAAAUACGCAAAAAUACAGCAACAAUUAACAAUAACAUAAUAAUCUAAUUAUAAUUUGUAAGAUUUUAUAUAUUUUUUAAUGACCAGGAUGUUUCGUCACGUAAGAAUAAAAACAAUAAAAUCAAAUAAAUUAGGGGUGUCAAACGAUUAAAAUUUUUAAUCGAGUUAAUUACAGCUUAAAAAUUAAUCGUAAUUAAUCGCAAUUAAUCGCAAUUCAAACCAUCUAUAAAAUAUGCCAUAUUUUUCUGUAAAUUAUUGUGGGAAUGGAAAGGUAAGACAAGAUGGAUAUAUACAUUCAACAUACGGUACAUAAGUACUGUAUUUGUUUAUUAUAACAAUAAAUCAACAAGAUGGCAUUAACAUUAUUAACAUUCUGUGAAAGCGAUCCAUGGAUAGAAAGACUUGUAGUUCUUAAAAGAUAAAUGUUAGUACAAGUUAUAGAAAUUAUAUAUUAAAACCCCUCUUAAUGUUUUCGUUUUAAUAAAAUUUGUAAAAUUUUCAAUCAAAAAAUAAACUAGUAGCCCACCAUUGUUGAUGUCAAUAAUUACUUACACAAUGCUCAUGGGUGCUGAAGCCUAUAAAAUCAGUCGCACCCAAGCGCCAGCAGAGGGCGACAAAACUCCGAAAAACACAAUUAACAACAUGACAUUUCACUGUGCUGUCAUUUUAAUCUGAGCGGGGCAUGUGCGUUAAUUGCGUCAAAUAUUUUAACGUGAUUAAUUUAAAAAAUUAAUUACCGCUUAAUUCUUGUAAUUCUUAAUUCUUUAAAGAUUUUUAUCCAUCAAAAUGAGCCAAUUUGACCCAUAAUAUAGCAGGAGGUUUAAGAUUUGUAUUACUUUUUCUUUUUUUAUGGUGAAACAAUUUUGUUUUUUUAAUUCACGAGAAGGUCAACUGGGGCUUUAAAAACGUUCUCAUCUCAUGUGUGAUAUCGAUGUACUGUAUAUGAAUGAGUGAUGUAUUAUGAAAAAUGCAUACAGGGAAAUGUAUGCCAGGGAUAAAAAACACUAAUCACAAUACAAUAGUUAACUUUAUAUUUUAAAAUAGAUGGGGAAAAAAUGGUGGCACAACAAUGAAACCAAAACCAAAAGAAGACUUGGUAGGUGUGCCGAGCCUGUUGAAAAGGAAAACUAUUUUUUGAUUGAUAUAUAUAUAGGUAGGGGGCAAAGAAAAAAAAAAGGGACUAAAUUUGUUAGAAAUGGAUUAUGUACGCAUCUUUCAACUGUGAAUGAUUCUCUUGUCACUGAAGCACAUGCUGUCAUAAGCCACUGUUACAGUGCUGGUCAAAUUUAUCUGCACCCCUGCAAUUCUGUCAGAUAAUGCUCAGUUUCUCCCAGAAAAUGAUUGCAAUAACAAAUGCUUUGGUAGUAAUAUCUUCAUUUAUUUUGCUUGCAAUGAAAAAACACAAAGAGAAUAAGAAAAAAUUAAUUCCUAAUCACUUUACUCAAAACUGGGCCGGACAAAAGUAUUGGCACCCUUUGGAAAAUCUUGUGAAGCUUCUCUAAUUUGUGUAGUGCUGCAACGAUUGAUCGAUUAACUCGAGUAUUCGAUUACAAAAAAAUAUUCAAAUUUUGUUGCUUCGAGUAUUCGUUUAAUUAAAGUGGCGUUUUAAAGGUUUAUUUUGAAAGUGUUUGCAAUUAGUUUUAUUGAUGAGGGUGGAUGCACUGCCCUCUAGUCUGCCUUUUUUCACAUGGCUGAAUCCAACUUCUCCCUGUUAAGACCAAUGUAUGAUAAGUUUUUGUUUGAGCUGUUUUUUAAUGUAUUCUUAAUUCAGUUUAUAGGUAUAUUUAGCCGUUUUUGUGGGAAUAUGUGUCUGAACCAUUUGUUAAGAGCACUGUAAAAAAAAAAAAAAAAAAAAAAAAAAAAAAAAAAAAAAAAAACUA